AUGUUUGCGGUAUAUUUUCAUGGUCAGUAUAGAGGUUCUGACGGUCUACUAGACAAAUUUGACGAAAUGAGAAUCUUUACAGUUCGUUCAGACGAAAGUCUUGAGAAGACUCUAAAUGACUUUCAAACUCAAAUAAACAAAUACUACUGGGAAUUUCAAGAAAAAUACGAUUCUUUACUAAAUGGAACAUACUAUCUGAAACUAGAAUAUGACAAGAUGAACUCCACAGUUUCAUUUCAAAGGAUUGAAAAUAACCCUCCAAGAGAUACACAGUUUUUAUUUUGGCAAGUAGACAAACGUUCUUGGGCACAAUUUCUUCGGUUACUAAACCAGAACGAACCAUUACCACCUGACGGUCCGUUCUGGUUUAUACGCCCACCAACAGAUUUGACAGUUUAUAGAAACGUGUUUGACCCUCAAAAUGUCAUGUGUCAUGCAAGUUUCAGUUCAAGCAACAACAGUUUUCUAUGUAUUGGUAAGGACUUUUAUGACUUUGCUUCUAAAUUCUACGAACCACCUAGUAACAGUUUCUCUGACUUUCAAGUCUGGUUCACAACAAACGGUGUGCAGCAUAUUGUUCCAUUGUACUACGACUUUUAUCUCGAAUUGUCUUUCAUAUAUAACUACGGAGAAGUGCUGAAAAAGUAUUGA